GAGGGGGAGGUGGUAGUUGCGGCGCUGGUUCCCGGGAGCAGCCGUCGAGCCACAACUGCGGAGGAGGAGUUCGGGAAAGCGGCCGUCGGGACUCCUCCCCUCUGUCGUCUCCGCCCGGGUUGAGAGGCGCAUCGGCGGGACCCUCCUCCGCGCUUCCUCAGGCUGCUGUCGCCGCUGCUGGGAGAUGGGCCUACUCGCCCGCCACGCUGCGCCGCCGCUCUGAGGAGUUAAAGAACAUCCAUGAUAGCAGUCUUCUAUAAAUCGAACUUUUCAAGAAUUCUCUGAAGGAACCAAGUAGGAUAUUCUUACAUCAUGACUUAAUGUGAAUGCAGGAACAAGAAAUAGGUUUUAUCUCUAAAUAUGAUGAAGGGCUGUGUGUAAACACUGACCCUGUCUCAAUUCUAACAAGCAUUUUAGACAUGAGUUUACAUCGGCAAAUGGGUUCAGAUCGAGAUCUUCAGUCCUCUGCUUCAUCUGUGAGCUUGCCUUCAGUCAAAAAGGCACCCAAAAAAAGAAGAAUUUCAAUAGGCUCCCUGUUUCGGAGGAAAAAAGAUAACAAACGUAAAUCAAGGGAGCUAAAUGGCGGGGUGGAUGGAAUUGCAAGUAUUGAAAGUAUACAUUCUGAAAUGUGUACUGAUAAGAACUCCAUUUUCUCUACAAAUACCUCUUCUGACAAUGGAUUAACUUCCAUCAGCAAACAAAUUGGAGACUUCAUAGAGUGCCCUUUGUGCCUUUUGCGGCAUUCUAAAGACAGAUUUCCUGAUAUAAUGACUUGUCAUCACAGAUCUUGUGUGGAUUGCUUACGACAAUAUUUAAGGAUAGAAAUCUCUGAAAGUAGAGUUAAUAUUAGUUGCCCAGAAUGUACUGAACGGUUCAAUCCUCAUGAUAUUCGCUUGAUAUUAAGUGAUGAUGUCUUGAUGGAAAAAUACGAAGAGUUUAUGCUUAGACGGUGGCUUGUUGCAGAUCCUGAUUGUAGGUGGUGUCCAGCUCCAGACUGUGGAUAUGCUGUGAUAGCAUUUGGAUGUGCCAGCUGUCCAAAAUUAACUUGUGGGCGAGAGGGCUGUGGAACAGAGUUUUGCUACCACUGUAAACAGAUUUGGCACCCCAACCAGACCUGUGAUGCUGCUCGACAAGAGAGAGCCCAGAGCUUACGUUUGAGAACUAUACGUUCUUCAUCCAUUAGUUAUAGUCAAGAGUCUGGAGCAGCAGCUGAUGAUAUAAAGCCAUGUCCACGAUGUGCUGCUUAUAUAAUAAAGAUGAAUGAUGGGAGCUGCAAUCACAUGACAUGUGCUGUUUGUGGUUGUGAGUUUUGUUGGUUGUGCAUGAAAGAAAUCUCAGAUUUACAUUAUCUAAGUCCAUCAGGAUGUACUUUUUGGGGGAAGAAACCCUGGAGCCGAAAGAAGAAAAUAUUGUGGCAGCUGGGAACACUGGUUGGUGCUCCUGUUGGAAUCGCUUUAAUAGCUGGCAUUGCUAUUCCUGCAAUGAUUAUUGGCAUUCCUGUGUAUGUGGGCCGCAAGAUUCACAAUCGCUAUGAAGGCAAGGAUGUUUCAAAGCACAAACGGAAUUUGGCCAUAGCAGGUGGUGUAACAUUGUCUGUAAUCGUGUCUCCAGUAGUAGCUGCAGUGACUGUAGGUAUUGGUGUUCCUAUUAUGUUAGCUUAUGUCUAUGGCGUUGUUCCAAUUUCUCUUUGUCGAAGUGGAGGUUGUGGAGUCUCAGCAGGCAAUGGAAAAGGAGUUAGGAUUGAAUUUGAUGAUGAAAAUGAUAUAAAUGUUGGUGGAACUAACACAGCUGUAGACACAACAUCAGUAGCAGAAGCAAGACACAACCCGAGCAUAGGGGAGGGCAGUGUUGGUGGGCUGACUGGCAGUUUGAGUGCAAGUGGAAGCCACAUGGAUCGAAUAGGAGCCAUCCGAGACAACCUGAGUGAAACGGCCAGCACCAUGGCACUAGCUGGAGCCAGUAUAACGGGGAGUCUGUCAGGAAGUGCCAUGGUAAACUGUUUUAACAGGUUGGAAGUACAAGCAGAUGUACAGAAAGAACGGUACAGUCUAAGUGGAGAAUCUGGCACAGUCAGCUUGGGAACAGUUAGUGAUAAUGCCAGCACCAAAGCAAUGGCAGGAUCCAUUCUGAAUUCCUACAUCCCAUUGGACAAAGAAGGCAACAGUAUGGAGGUGCAAGUAGAUAUUGAGUCAAAGCCAUCCAAAUUCAGGCACAACAGUGGAAGCAGUAGUGUGGAUGAUGGCAGUGCCACCCGAAGUCAUGCUGGUGGUUCAUCCAGUGGCUUGCCUGAAGAUGGAGUCUCACUUUGUAGCCCAAGCCUUGCGUGCAGUGGUUGCGAUCUCAGCUCACUGCAACCUCCGCCUCCUGGGCUCAAGCAAUUCUCGUGCCUCAGUCUCCCAAGUAGCUGGGAUUACAGGCAAACAUCACCACGCCUGGCUAAUUUUUUUGUGUGUUUUAGUAGAGACGAGGUUUCGCCAUGUUGCCCAGGGUGGUCACAAACUCCUGAGCUCAAGUAAUCCACCCACCUCGGCCUCCCAAAGUCCUGGGAUUACUGGCGUGAACCACGAUGCUCGGCCAAAAUAAUCUUACGAAUGUGUUGACUGCCUUCUUGACAUUUCUUUAAAAGGCUAAAGAUGAAAUGGAAAGCUAAGUGAUCUUCAGAGGAACACAGCCAAAAUAGUGCCCUAUAGGAGGCUGGUGCAUUCAUUUACCCUACACCUACUUCUGGUGAUACUCCCAACCAAUACCACUUCAGUCUCACCUUAAAACUAGCUUCAAAAAUUCCUUGUCUCCUGGAUCUUUCAGCUAGCUUCAGAAAUUCCUUGUCUCCUGGAUCCUUCAAAGUUGGAUUAAUUUAGGACCAAGCCAGUUUUCCCUGGAGCUCAACUCUGGUCUAGCCUCGAACAAGAGAUACCUCCAGGGUAUUCAAAAUAAACCUUAACUCACUGAAAUCUUGUUAAAACUCUUUGUACUUUAAAGCCUGUUGGAAAAAUCAUCUGGUAAUGAGAGAAAAGAAAUACAAAGAUUAUAAUAGUAUAUCCUACUGUUGAUAAUGUAGACCACCAAUUUAACUGGUAGAUUCACUUCAUUGUACAAAUUCCCAGCUUCAGAGCACUUAGUUACCUUUUUAUAUUAAAUGCACAUAAUCCACCACUCCUAACUUAUUUUUGCUGGAAAUUGUGUUAAUUUGUAAACAUGUAAGACUUUCCCUAGCCUGUUAUCUAGGUAAACAUACAGACAAAUCACCAAAGGAUAAAGUAUGUGUUGAAAACCAUCAGAGCUAUUAAUUGCUACAUGACAUGAGCAAAAGAAACUCCUGCUCCAUAGAUUGUUUUCCCUUUCCAUUCAGAGUCAUCACGCUUCUUACAGAUUCUAGUCUGUACUUGGAUCUAAGGAAGAAAAUUAUUUUCUCAAGGCUACAUUUCAUAUGGUUCCUUUUAAUGGAUUUGUUGUUUCAUUUAUUUCCUUCACUAGAGCAUGAGAUAUCAUUACUUAACAGCCAGUGUUUACAUACUGGUUGAUUUUUGAAUGCCAAAAAUAGUGUUCUAAACUUGGAGAGAGUUAUGUUAUUUAGGGUGGCUAUCAUUUAGUAGAUGGAUAUGAGAAAGUUUGCAGUUUUAAAAUUUAGUUCAAAUUGAAUCACUGUACAUCAUAUACUAGUCAGAAUUUUUGUGACUUCUACCAAUUUAUUCAACAAAGUAGAUGCUGGAAAUACAGCAUAGUACCAAAUAAACACACCCUGGCUUCAGAGGGCUUAUAUUAGAAUUUGGGGGAUACAAAAAUAAUAAACAUAUGCAUGUAGCUUAAAAUAAUGGAACCAGAUGUAAAAUAACCAGAUGAUGGUUGCUAUGAAAAAUUCGAGGUGGGCACAACAAGAGUGACUGGGGUUUUGGGGAAGCAGUACUGUUUUAUACAGGGCAAAACAGAGAAAGUCUCUAUUUAGAAGACAUUUGUGCCAAGAUCUAAAGGAAAUGAAGGAACCAUGUAAAAACAUACCUGGUGAAUGAGCAUUUCAGAAACAUCUCCAAGGUGAGUUAGUGGACAAUUUAGACAUCAGUGUUGGAAUCUGAGUUUGCUAUCUAAUAGGGCAAGUCUGCCACUGAUUUUUCCUUGGAUGGUGUCUUGACUGUCCUUAGCACUUUACAUUUCCAUAAACAUACUGGAAUAACUUUGUUGUGUUUCACCAAUUUUGAUUAGGAUUACAUUGAAUCUAUAAUUAUCCCUAUAGAAGUCUUUACAUCUUUUGUUAAAUUUGAUUCCCAGGUACUUGAUAUUUUUUAUCCUAUAAUAAUGGUAUAUUUUUAAAAUGUCAUUUUCUUUAUUUCUUUCUGAGACAGGGUUUCACUCUCGUUGCCCAGACUGGAGUGCAGUGGUGCGAUCUCGGCUCACUGCAACCUCUGCCUCCUGGGUUCAGGCGUUUCUCCUGCCUCAGCCUCCCGAGUAGCUAGGAUUACAGGCGUCCCACCACCACGCCCAGCUAAUUUCUUAUAUUUUUAGUAGAGAAGGGGUUUCAUUAUGUUAGCCAGGCUGGUCUCAAACUCCUGACCUCCAGUGAUCCACCUGCUUUGGCCUCCCAAAGUGCUGGGAUUACAGGCGUAAGCCACCACGCCCAGCCUCAUUUUCUGUUUGUAACUAAUAGUAUACAGAAAUGCCAUUGAUUUUGUAUAACAAUUUUGUAUCUGGUGAAUCUUACUCUUUUCAUUCCAAUGGUUUAUCUCCAGAUUCUUUGGGAUAUCACUGUACAAUUAUCACUUGUGAAUAUUUGUAUUAAACACUUUUACAGUGCUUUGAAGUGUCAAAUACUUUCUGAGCACUUAUAGUAACUUAUGGAAAAGCAAACAAAAAAUAAGAAAAAUAUAACUUAUCAAGUUUACUUAUAUAACAAACCUGCACAUGUACCCCUGAACUUAAAAGUUAAAUUAAAAAAUAAUAUUAGGUUGACCUUGAACAGUGAAUAGGGGUCAUAUAAUUUAGAAAGAUGCAAAAGGUAAUUGUAUAUCAAAUUAUAUAUUAAAGUCUUAAUUAUCAUUAGAAUUGGUUCAAAAUAAAAUACUUAUUCCUCAGAACAACUCUGUGAAGGAGGUAUUAUCUUCAUUACAGAUGGAGGUAACUGAGGCACAGAGAUAUUAAGUAAUUUGCCUGGAGUUGCACAGCUGCUACAUGGUAGAGGUGGGAUUCCCAUUGUUCUGGUUUUUUUUCUCUUAGAUCAUUGCAUCAUUUAUUUAUUUUUCUGGCUUUUUGCACUGGCUGGGACUUCUAGUGUAUACUUCUGAAUAGCAGUGGUUAUAGGGGACAUUGUUGAUUUAUUAAUAACCUCAAAGGGAAACCUUUCAUCAUUUCAGUUAUUAUUUGCCGUAGAUAUAUUUGUAGGAUAUCCUUUAUUGAAUUUUGUAAAUUAUCUUCUAACUCCUAGUUUGCCAAGAGUUUUUACCUUGGAAAAUACAUUGAAUUGUAUUGGCUGUUUAUUUGGUGGAGGGAGCAUCUGCCAUAUAAUUAUGAUUACUUUAAUAUGUUAAUGUGGUGAAUUUGAUUCUUCAAAUGUUAACCUGGGGCAAACUUCAGUGAUCAGAGUAUGUAAGACUGGAAUGAUGUCUUCCUUUAAUGUUUGGUAGAAAUUGCUAUUAAGGCUGUCUGCACUUGAAUUGUUUGUUUUUUAGUACAAGAGAGAGCCGAGUUCUCAGGGUUAGUAAGCAGCUCAUUUUCAUCUAUAUGAGCAGUAAGAUAAGGCAGUCUCUUUGCUCUGUAAGAGUUGACUAAUUCUAGAAUAUGUGGGCUGGCUGGUGACAAGAUAGUCUUGCUUUUGCUUUUUUUUUUUUUUUCUUUCCAGCCUUUUGCCUAAAUAGCAUUGGAUCACAUAUUUCUGCCACUUUUUGUCCUGCAUGGAGGUAAAAUAUAGACAUACAUAACACCAUGUGUUCCAGGUAUUAAUACCUCCAGAUUCUUAAUUUUGUAUUCAAGAUAUUAGGAGAACAAAUCUUAAAGAAACUCUAGUCUCAUGAGGGCAGGGACCUUGUCUUUCCUUUUAUUUUUCCUGUACUUAUAGUAUUUAUAUAUAUGAAGAGGAAAUUCUGAUGGGACAGAACAACUACUGAGCAAAGGGAAUGAGGAUGUUUCUGGACCCAAUUCAGGGUCGAUAACCAGUCACUUCAUAAUAUUGUACAGUAAAAUAAGUUGUUUGAAGCAAUACAGUGGCUGAAAAGACAGUUAACUUUUAACAAGAUUUUAUACCAAAUACGUUAGUUUACAAAUAUUCUAUCAUGUAUGAAAGCCAUUGGAACCUAAUUUUCAGGGUUAAUAUAGCCAAGACAUUUUAAUUUUGCUUUUGGGGGCUUUUUGUUGCUUUUUUGCUUGUUUAAAGAAAAUGUAAUACUUUCAACUAGAUAAGGAAAUCAUAGUUGCCUUAGAGGUAUCAUGAACUGAUGUUUUAGAGACUUUCUAUUGAAAGCUUAAAAUGUGCACAAAUUAUUUCCUCAUCCUUUUUUCCUUGCCUUCUUUUUAUGUUUUGUUCUCCCCUUCUCUUCUCUGCCUCCUUCCCUCAUUAUCUUCCCCCAUAACCAGUGCAAAUGACAAAAUGUGUGUGAUGCCAGUUUUCUCCAUGUUCAUAGUCACACACAAUGCACAUAUACAUUAAUUUUCUUGAUUUUUUCUCAGUAAUAUCUGGGAAAUCUGUCCAAGUCAACUGUAUAACUCCAAUUUAUUCUUUUUAAUGGCUGCAUAAGAAUUCUGUAGUAUAGAUGUGCUGCAGUUAUUCAGACAUUCUCAUAUUGAUGAGCAUUCACUUUGUUAUUUGUUGUUUCCUCAAUACAAAACACUGCAAAAAACGUUCUAAUAAUUACAUCCUUAUAUUCUGGUACUUCUAAGUAUGGGAGAUAGAUUCAGGGAAAUCAGAUAGCUAGGUUAAAGUCCAUGUCUUUUAAAAGGUUACCAGAUUGUCUCCCAAAAAAGGCUGUCACAAUUCACAAUUUGCUAACAAUAUAUGAGUUCCCUUUUCCCUGCGUUCUACUAACAAUAGGUAUUAGAGCUUUACAAACUUUUAAACUGUUUGGUGUAAAGUAAUAUCUUGUAUCUAAUGUUACAUUUUUCUGGCUAGUAAAUGUGGACAUCUUUUUGUACUUUUUUUUUUUUGGCCUAGAGGGUGGAAGAGAUGGUAUUUGAAUUUGCUGUUCUCUAAAUUGGUUCUUAUAUCCUUUGCCUAUUUUUGUUUGUUUUCUCAUCAGUUUGAAAGAUAUUUUGGCCAGGUGCAGUGGCUCACUUUGGGAGGCUGAGGCAGGAGGAUUGCUUGAGGCCAGGAGUUCAAGACUAGCCUGGGCAACAUAGCAAAACCCCAUCUCUGUUAAUAAAUAAAAAUGAAAAUAGGGCUGGGUGUGGUGGCUCACACCUAUAAUCCCAGCUACUUGAGAGGCUGAGGCAGGAGAAUAGCUUGAACCUGGGAGGCAGAGGUCACAGUGAGCUGAGAUCACGCCACUGCACUCCAGCCUGGGCAACAGAGCAAGACUCUGUCUCAGAAAAAUAAAUUUUUAAAAAUGAAAAUAAAUAUAUUUUUAAUACUAUAGCUGUUAAUAGUUUGACUCUUGUAUUUUUCUCCAAAUAUGUCAUUUGACUUUUAUUAGCGUUGUGUGUGUGCUCUAUUUUAUCCUUAAACUUUUAAUUUUUGAAUAUUUUUAGAUUUACAGAAAAGUUGCAGAUAUUUCAGGGUUUUCACAUACUCUUUACAUUUUUUUUCUGCAAUAUGAAACCUGUUGUGUGUCUUUAAUUGUAAUAUUUUAGACUUUCUGCUCAUGAUUAAGCUCUCCUUUCUAAAUUUUACUUGUAGUCUCUUUUGGUAGUUUGUAGUGAGAUUUUAAAUUUUUCAUGUUUUUUAAAAUCUAUCUUCAAUUUAUCUUAGCAUUUAGUGUAAUAUAAAGGUCCAGUUUUACUUUCUUCCAGAUAGAAAGCCAUUCGUGAUGGCACUAUUUUUUAAAUAAUCUUUCCUUUUCCCAGUGAUUUGAAUGCUGUGUUUACACUAGAAUCCAUUUCUAGAUUUCUACCAAAAAGUCUGCUGGGAUUUUGACUGAACCACCACUGAUACCUAUUUAUCAAUAUGAGGAAAACUGGCAUCUUAACAAUAUCAAGUCUUCCUAUUCAUGAAUACAGUAUAUCUGUCCUUUAGUUUUUUAAUUUCAACAAUGCUUUGUAGUUUUCAGUGUACAGAUCUCUUAAAAAUACCAAUUUAUGAUUACAUUCAUUACUAGUAUAUAGAAAUAAAAUAGAUUUUUGUAUAUUGAUCUUGAAUCCUACGACCUUGUAAAUCACAUUAAUUUUAGUAGUUUUUUUGUAGAUUCUAUAGACUUUUUUUUUUUUUUUUUAUGUUGGAGCCUCGCUCUGUCGCCCAGGCUGGAGUGCAGUGGCUUGAUCUCAAAUCACUGCAACUUCUGCCUCCCGGGUUCAAGCAGUUCUCCUGCCUCAGGCUCCAGAGUAGCUAGGAUUACAGGU